AUGUUAACUUUAGAAAAUUUCAACCAAAUCUCAUUUAAGCCACCAAUUAUUAAUAGGUAUAUAACCUAUAUACUCAAAGCCCACGAUCUAUUAAGGCAUGUUAAAUUUGUGGAGUUUUACCUGAAGAAUUAAUUAGAAUUAGUAUUAAAGAACUCAAAUUAAGAAAUCCUGAUUUAAGAUUAAACAAAUAGGGUUGGAAAAUUAUGUGGAAACAUCAUGAAUUUAGAAGAUAAGAAACAUUAGAAUUAUGUCUUCAAAAACGAUUAUUCAUUAUCCAAACUGGACAAGAAGAAGAUUAAAUUCAUAACUAAAAAUCUGAAUCUGAAUUUCAAAUGUAAAGUGCAUUUGAUUAAUAAGAAAUACACAAAAUAUAAGAGAGAACUAAAAGAGAGUUAUUAUAAAUGUAACAUGUUUAAAAAUUACAAUAAGAAAUUAAUGAAAAGAAUUUGAAAAAAUAAUAAAAAAGAUAAUAAAUAGAAUAGGAGAGAUAAUAAGAAUAACUGUUAAAAAAAUUAAAAUCUGAAUAAGAUUAAAUGAGAAGAGACCAAGAAAAAUAAUUAAAUGAAUAAUUAGAAUAACAAAAAUAAAAAUAAAUUGCCUAAGAAUAAUACUAAAAAGAAUUAGAAAAAGUUCAAUAAGGUAUUAAGAGAUAAUAAGAAUUAUAAGAAGAAUGUAAAAGAAAGGAUGAGGAAAAAAAAAUUAAACUAUAAUAAUUUAGAUAAGAAUUAAAAAAUAAGGAAUUAUAACAUGAACAGGAAUUAUUAUAUAAAAAAGAACUUUUAUAAUAUAAAGAAAAAUAAAGAUUAUUUAAAUAAAAUUAAAAAUAAUUAGAAAGAACAAAAGCAUCAAAAUAAGCCUAAGAAGAAUUAAAUAAAAAAUUACGUUAAGUAAAAGAAUUAUAACAAAAUAAAAUACUGAAAAUGUAAGAAGAAUAUCAAAAUAAAUAAAAUCUUAGCGAAAACUAGUAAAAGUUAUUUGAACAAGCAAAACACUUUAAAACUAUUGAGGUUUAGAAGAAAAUUUAACAAUAAAAGGAAAAAAUGUAAUAAUCAGCUGAAAAAUGUAGAUCACAGUAAGUGAUAAAAUUAGAAACUAACAUUGAAAAAUAAAAGAAGAAAAAUGAAAGAAUUAAAUUUAUUUAAGAGUUAAAAAAUAUUGAACAUUUAAAGAAAAUAGAAAAACAAGGAGAAGAAGAAAAGGAGUAGAAAUAGAAAAUAGAAGAAUUGAAAAAUAUUAAUAAAGAUUAAAGAGUGGAAUUAAAUUAGAAGAUUAUACUAAAAGAUUUCAAAAUAAAAGAAAAAUAAUUAGAAAAAAAAUAAUUAUUAGAGUAAAUCAAACUCUAAGGAAAUUCAAAGAUGAAGAAUAAAAAGUUAGCUUUAGAAAAAUUAUAUUAAAAGUAAUUAAUGGAAAGAUAAUUUUUAAAAGCCUGUUUUGAUGAAAAAUUAAAGUGGAAUGAAAGUCUAAAAAUAUCACCUUCUGAAGAUAAAUAUGAUAAUGAACUUGAUUUAAAACGUAAAAAUAUAUAAUACAGAAGCUUCAACAGCCAUAACUAAAGAUUCAUUAAAUAUUCCAAGAGUUCAGGCUUAAGUCAAUAAGAAUUUGGAGAAUGAUGAAAAGAAAAUCAUUGAGAUUUUGAAAAAUCCCCAAAAAAAAUAAGAACUAAAUGAACUUGAAGAGAGAUAGUUAUAAGAAAUGAUAUAAGUAAAAAUUUUCUUUAAUAAAUUAGUUAAUAGAAUAUGAAUAAUAAUUAGAGGAAGAGAGAGAGAGAAUUUUGUUUUAAAUAGAAAAUUAUAAAGAAUAAACAAGAUUAGAGAAAAUAUUUUCAAUAGAAAGAAAAGAAGCAUAGAAGAAUAUUGAAAAUUUAUAAAAAAAACAUGAACAUCAAAUAGAAGUUUUAUUAUUUACUUGA